GCAGCGCCCGCCAUGACGCUGUGCGGCAGCAACGGCACCGCCUCCAAGCCCGCCCCGAGCCCCGGCGGCAACGCCCUGGGCACCGCCCUGCCGGGGGCCGUGGCCGUGGCGCCGCGGGUGGCCGAGGCCGACGGCGGCUCGGUGCGCUCGCUCAGCUCGGAGGACGUGGCCUCGGUGGGUGCUGAGGCGGGCCGGCGCAACUGCGGCUGCCCCUGCUGGACGUCCAGCCCCGUGCACGAGAAGGACCGGCGGCUGCAGCUGCUCCACAUGCUGGCGCUGCCCUUCAUCCCCAUCCUCGCGCUCAUCGUGCAGACGGCCGUCGCGCUCAACGGCAUCCUCAUCGACCGCCAGGAGGUGGCCGACGUGGAGUGGCAGGUGACUAUCGCCACCGACCUGGGCAAGGUGGUGACCGCCAUGCAGCUGGAGCGAUCGGACGUCGCCUUCUACAUCUUCGCCAACGGCAGCACAGAGCGGCUGAACCUGACGGAGAGGUUCGCCGCCACGGACAGGGCCCUGGAGAACAUGAGCUCCUGGCCCGAGAUGGAGCUGCCCCCCUCCGACGAGGACGACGACAUCGUGGUGGGCAACCGGUCCAUGUUCGAGAGCAGGCUCAGGGACUUCAGGGACACGAUCAGCGCGAGGGAGAGCACCAUGAGCGGGGCGCUGCGGUGGUACAACGCCGUCAACACCAUCCUGCUGGAGCACCUCACGCGCCAGAUCAAGGAGACGGACAAGAGCGGUGUCUGGAGGUACUUGAUCGCGUUCAAGAACCUGUUGCGGAGCGUCGAGCACACGGGCAUCUCCAUGGUCCACGGCAUCAACUACUUCGGCGUGGGCGUGCUGGUCAACGAGUCGUACAUCAGCUACGUGCACCACGACGCCAUCGGCAGGGACCUGCUCAACGCCUCCUUCACCUACGUCCCCUCCAUCAGGACCACGUACCUCAACCUCACCAGCAACCUGUCCGAGUACGGCAACCUUCGGGCGCGGCGCCGCGAGGUGAUGGCCAACCUGCCGCGGUCCUCCAGCCUCGGCGAGGCCGAGGCCUACUUCCGGUCCAUGGCCGGCUACCUGGAGAAGCUGCGCACGCUUCUCAAGGAGCUGCGCAGGAAGAUCAAGAACUACGUGGAGCGCAGCCUGCAGGAGGCCAGCAGCCAGGAGUUCAUCGGCAUCGCCAUCCUCGUGCUGGUGCUCAUCGUGUCGCCCGUCAUCAUCGUGCUGGUGCGCAACGCCGUGGGCACCAUCCAGAUGUACGCCGCGCACCUGGCCGUCAAGGCCCGCGAGCUCAAGCGCGAGAAGCGCAAGAGCGACUCGCUGCUCUUCCAGAUGCUGCCGCCCAGCGUGGCGCAGCAGCUCAAGCAGACGCAGCAGGUGCCCGCCGAGUACUACGAGGCCGUCACCGUCUACUUCAGCGACAUCGUCGGCUUCACCGAGAUCGCGGCCGUGAGCUCGCCGCUGCAGGUCGUCUGCUUCCUCAACUCCAUCUACAGACUGUUCGACGCCCGCAUCGAGUGCUACGACGUCUACAAGGUGGAGACCAUUGGCGACUCGUACAUGGUGGCCUCCGGGCUGCCCGUCAAAAACGGCGACAGGCACGUGUCGGAGAUCGCCACCAUGGCGCUGGACCUGCUGGCCGGCUCCAUGGCCUGCCGCAUCCCGCACCGGCCGCACGAGAAGCUGCAGAUCCGGUCCGGGGUGCACACCGGCCCCGUGGUGGCCGGCAUCGUGGGCUCCAAGAUGCCGCGCUACUGCCUGUUCGGCGACACGGUCAACACGGCCUCUCGGAUGGAGAGCACGGGCGAGGCCCUCCGCAUUCACAUCAGCGGGGAGAUGAAGCAGGCUCUGGACGUCGUAGGGGGCUUCCGCACAGAGCACAGAGGGCUGGUCGAAGUCAAGGGCAAGGGCAUGAUGGACACGUACUGGCUGACGUGCAAGGAGGGCGGCCUCGGCCUGCUCGGCCUCAACGCCGGGACGGCGCCCGACACAGAGAUCCAGGCCAACAUGCUGGACGACGCCUACAACGCGCAGCCAGCCUUCCUACGCCGCCUGCGGGGCCUGCGCGGCGAGCGCUACCUUUAGCGACGACUGAUUUCAUUUGUAUUUCAUAAGUUGAAAAAAAAAUAAUUCUGAAUAAUGUUUGAAGACGGGCGAACUAUAAUGAACGACAAACGUGGUAAUUUACCAAGACCCUUUCCUUUAUAUAUUUCACAGACUGUUCUGAAUGUCAUAUUAUUAAUGUUAACAAGGGAGUAUUUGAGCUUCCCUGGAUAGGGUGAAAGAUCUGCUCACAUAAAUUAUCAAAUUCUAAAAUCCAACAGCUUUGCUUCAUGUUUAGGUAAGCAUCUAAUUCAAAUACAUACAAAAGCUAGAAUUUGGAAAGGGUUUCUAUCUAAGAACACCAUAAAACACCAAGGCGGGCAGGCAGAUUGAUUGUCAAACUUCAUAAACGAAUGAAAGGUCUAAAAUGUCUCAUGCAUUUUCUUAUUAUUAUUUUUUGGAUAUGUACGUACAGUACUGAACAUGUUACCAACUAGAAGUAGAAUGGAACAAUUAAG